AUGGCCGACGCGCCAGUAUACAAUGCCUCCGCCCCGAGCGGUGGAAAUCCACUCAAGAUUGACGUGAACGCUCAAUAUGUGGGCUACGAGUGGAACUACACAUAUAUUAUGUUCUGUGGUUUUAUUGUCUGGCUGAUCAUUCCUGGUAUCGGCCUACUAUACAGUGGCUUGGCGCGAAGGAAGUCGGCAUUGGCAUUGCUUUUCCAAUCGCUCAUGAUCGUUGCCGUGACGACUUUUCAAUGGAUAUUUUGGGGCUAUUCUCUAGCUUAUUCUCGCGAUGCAGGCCCUUUCAUUGGCACUUUGAAGAACUUCGGAUUGAAAGAUGUGAUGGCAGCGCCGUCGCCAAGCUCUGCGGUUCUGCCGGAGAUCGUGUUCUGUUUCUACCAGCUGCUCUUUUGCGCAUGCACGGUGAUGAUAGUAGUCGGCGGGGCAUUUGAGCGAGGGAACAUGCUUCCAUCCCUCAUCUUUAGCUUCUGCUGGGCGACCGUGGUCUACUGUCCUGUCGCCUGCUGGACAUGGAACAGCAAUGGCUGGUUAUACAACCUUCCCGCGCUGGACUUUGCCGGUGGCGGCCCGGUGCAUAUCGCAUCGGGCUGGUCUGCCCUUGCAUAUGCUCUGGUUCUCGGGAAACGCAAGAACCUUCACGAGCCCUCGCAUGGUAAACCUCAUAAUACCACGUUGGUAUUCCUUGGAACGACGCUUAUUUGGUUUGGAUGGUUCGGAUUCAAUGGCGGGUCGGCUCUUAAUGCUAGUGUGAGAGCUAUGUUGGCUGCAUUCAACACCAACACGGCUGCUUGUAUGGGAGUAUUGGGGUGGGUGUUAGUGGACUCGAUCAAGCAUCAGGGAAAGUUCUCCGUAGUGGGCGCCUGUGAGGGAGCCAUUGCGGGAUUGGUGGGCAUUACCCCAGCCGCCGGAUUUGUCUCCGUGUGGCUUGCGGCAUGCAUUGGGUUCCUUACGAGUAUCGUAUGCGCGCUGCUCCAGGACGUCAAUAAUUGGAUGCGCAUCGACGAGGGGAUGGACGUGUUUAAGCUACAUGGUAUUGGGGGGAUGGUCGGGGCGUUUUUAACCGGCGUCUUCGCGUCGCAAUCGGUUGCAGCGCUGGAUGGCGCGACCGAAGCCACCGGUGGUAUUGACGGUAAUGGGAUGCAGGUCGGGAAACAAUUGGCGGAAGUGUGCGCCAUCUCUGCGUACUCUUUCAUCGUGUCUUGCAUCUUGCUUUACAUCCUGAAAUGGAUCCCCGGCAUGCAAUUACGAGUUCAUGAGGAGGCGGAGAUCAUUGGGUUGGACAGGGCACAGUUCGUGGAUGAACAGAUCGGCGAGCGGGUUGUUCUUGACGAUCUCUUGGUGUCGUCCUCACCGGCGAAUUCAAGUAUGGCGAAUAGGAACUCCGGGGGGAUGUCGGUAGGGUCCAAAGAGAUCAAGAUGUGA